ACAGCACAGAGAUGGUAGGUUAAAGAAGGUGGAAAGACACAGCCUAUAUGCAUGCUACCAAGAGCCAAUAGGAAUGAUGCAAGUUUUACUCAAGAAUGCAUUGACCAAGCUUUCAUCAAGUGCUGGUUGAUACAGGUUCUGCAGGUUAAUUACAGGGCUUCUUCAUUUAGAACUCUCUGUUAGUCAGUCUAGAACUGAUAGGACAAACAGUCACACUACAGAGCCAGCAAGAGGAAGGACUGCUAUUUGUAUUUUCAGAAUGUCAGCCGGGACAGUUCCAGUCAUCACCCAUGUGAUCACACAAACCAUUCCAACCACUCAGGUGAUGCAAAAUGUGACUGGACAAGUACUCUCCACUGCCACACCAGUACAAGUCAGCAGUGUUGGAAACAGCUCCCCUCCUGGCUUUCUUGUGAAGUUUCUGAAAGGAGAGCCAAAAGCACUGGGGACUGUCCAAAUAAUGAUUGGUGUGUUCACAAUUUUGUCUGCCUUCGUUGUGAUUAGAACAGCUUUUGUCGACAGUGGCAUUGCUUUCUGGGGAGCUUUGAUUUACAUCAGCACUGGCUCUCUGACUGUUGCAGCAGAGAAAAAGCUAAACCCCUGUACGGUGAAAGGUUCUCUGGGCAUGAAUGUGAUCAGCGCUAUAACUGCAGGAAUAGCCGUCUUUAUUCUGAGUGCAGAUUUAAUAACAGGGCAUAUUUGCUAUCACUAUUCCAAUUCCUAUUCCUAUUCCUCUGUCUAUUGUGUAUCAUCCUAUGUGCUUCUCACAAUUCUCCUGAUUUUCACUCUGCUGGAAUUCUGCAUCUCCAUCUCCAUCUCAGCUUUUGGAUGCAAAGCCACCUGCAGCAGUCAGCCUAUGGUUAUGUUUGUGGUCAGUAACCCCAACGUGACUGACCGUCCUUUAGAAAAUCCCCCACAAUAUCAACAAAUGUAACCUCCUGUUUACUGACUAUAUUCCAAUUAUUUACUGGCAUAAAUAAGUAAAUUAAAGCAAA